AUGAGACUUAUUGUGCUACCGCUAACGCGCAAUAGGUCAAUUCUAUACUGUCAACAGGCCCUUCUGCCCAAGGUCCGAUCAAAGCCGCGGUUCGAUGACCGUGUCGCUGCCAAAGCGGCAAAAACAUGGGCGAAUUUCGAGUCCUCGCCAACCAAAUGGAAACAACGGCUCGUCGCCGGCGUGAAUUGGGCACUUGAGCGAAUCCCGUACGAGGAAUGGUCUCUCAAAACAGUUCCUUCGCAGAACACUUAUAUGCGUAAAGUGCAGGAAACCGGUGAUUUAGUCGCGCCCAAAGAGCUUCUGGCGAGCGGGGUUUCGGCCAAAGACCUCGAGCCAUUAGAGUUGGUGUACCCCACCACUGCUAUGACAUUUGAGCAAGCACGCUCGGAGCUAGGCAAAUUUGCAACCGCUGGCAUUUCCAGGCACAAAACCCACAUGCUCUACUGUGCAGUCGGGUUGCCAUUGACAUUGCCUAUCGCCCUUGUACCAGUUGUGCCCAAUGUCCCCGGAUUUUACCUCUUGUAUCGUUUGUGGUCUAACUGGAAAGCGUGGGAAGGUGCAAAGCACCUGGACCAUCUUUUGGCCGACACCCAUCUUAAAGGCUGCCAGCUGCCCGCUCUCGAUUAUAUCUACCAAGAUGGCCGGCCUGAAAUGAUUUUGGAAGAUCAGGUUAAAGUAAUUGAGCGUAUAUUUGGAAUCGAUGGUCUUGGCCAAGAACUUACCAGGGCCCUACAUCAAUGUCAGAAUAGACAGACGAAUCAGCAGCCUGAACGCUAA